AGAAAAAUGGUGGGUUGGCCAUCCCACUUGACUUGAACGGAACCUUUCCAUUUUUACCAAAAAGCAAAAUCAAGACCCACUUUCUUCCUCUUCAUUAUUUCCAACGACUACAUUCUCUCUCUCUUACAUUCUCUAUCUCUCUCUCUCUUAAAUUUUGGACAGAGAGAAUGUUGUAGUUGUCGUUAAUCAAUUCAAAAGAUUUAAGUCCGGCCACUGAUUUUGCAGUCUUUGCAUCUGGGCGCUGGUUGAUUUCUUGGUGUGAAGUUAGUUUACUUAAUCUUGCAAGAGGGCUUCCGAAGAUGUCGUCGCCGGCGCCGGGAGCCGCACCUCCUCCCACAUCACCUCCAUCUAACACCACCUCUCCGCCACCCGCCGCCGCGGCCUCACCCCCGCCGCCUGCACCAGUGACCUCUCCCCCACCGGCGAGCCCCACCCCCCCCGCCACUUCCCCGCCGUCGUCCUCCCCUCCAUCUGGAUCCCCAGUUACUCCGUCCCCGCCGGCUCCGACGGGCGGUGGUUCUCCUCCGGCGCCAUCGGGCAGUAGUUCUCCUCCAGCGCCGUCGGGCAGUAGUUCUCCUCAGACGCCUUCAGGUAGGGGCUCCCCGCCCACGGGUAAGGGUUCUCCGCCGGCUCCAACUGGUACAGCGGGAUCUCCGCCGUCUUCUGGUGGCGGGUCGUCGGGAAUAUCCACGGGGCUUGUUGUCGGGAUAGCUGUAGGAGGAGUUCUUAUACUAGCAAUCCUCAGUCUGCUGUUUAUUUUCUGCAAGAAGAAGAAGAGAAGAUCACAGCCGGAUUACUACGUACCUCCACCCCCACCGCCUGGAUAUAAAGCUGAUCCAUAUGGCGGACCAGUACAGCAUUGGCAACAUAAUGCUCCCCCUCCUGGGGAUCAUGUGGUCACGAUCCCUCCUAAACCUUCUCCUCCACCAGCCGGUGCAUCGAGGCCUCCACACUCACCAGUACGUGCUCCUUCACCUCAACCUCCACCACCACCUCCUCCUGCUUACAUUAGCAGCAGUGGAGGUUCUGGUUCCAAUUAUUCAGGCUCUGGAACUCCACUUCCACCUCCUUCGCCUGGGAUGGCUUUAGGAUUUUCUAAAAGCACGUUCACAUAUGAAGAACUUGCAAUGGCAACAGAUGGCUUCUCAGAUGCCAACCUUCUUGGGCAAGGUGGUUUUGGUUAUGUGCAUAGAGGAGUCCUUCCAAAUGGUAAAGAGGUUGCAGUUAAGCAGCUGAAAGCCGGAAGCGGACAAGGGGAGCGCGAAUUCCAGGCUGAGGUUGAGAUCAUUAGCAGAGUGCAUCACAAGCAUCUUGUGUCAUUGGUUGGAUACUGCAGCACUGGGACUCAGAGAAUGCUUGUAUACGAGUUUGUUCCAAACAAUACCUUGGAAUUCCACUUGCAUGGAAAGGGAAGGCCUGUUAUGGAUUGGCCGACACGGCUGAAGAUUGCUCUGGGUGCUGCAAAAGGACUUGCAUAUCUGCAUGAGGAUUGUCAUCCAAAGAUUAUUCACAGGGACAUCAAGGCUGCUAAUAUUCUCUUGGACUUUAACUUUGAAGCAAAGGUUGCUGAUUUCGGUCUCGCAAAGUUUUCUUCAGAUGCUAAUACCCACGUCUCUACAAGGGUGAUGGGAACUUUUGGGUAUUUGGCACCAGAGUAUGCUUCAUCUGGAAAACUUACUGACAAGUCAGAUGUAUUUUCCUUUGGUGUUAUGCUUCUGGAGUUGAUUACUGGUCGAAGACCCGUCGACACAAAUCAAUCUUUCAUGGAUGAUAGUUUGGUGGAUUGGGCAAGGCCAGUGCUCACACGAGCUCUUGAAGAUGGAAACUUUGAUGCCCUUGUUGAUCAACGUCUCCGAAAUGAUCACAAUCACAAUGAGAUGGCUCGCAUGGUGGCCUGUGCUGCUGCUUGUGUGCGUCAUUCAGCAAGGCGCCGCCCGCGGAUGAGCCAGGUCGUGAGGGCCUUAGAAGGAGACGUCUCAUUAUCCGACCUCAACGAAGGAAUCAGACCGGGUCACAGCACCGUGUACAGUUCUCAUGGAAGCUCUGACUACGACACUUUCCAAUACAAUGAGGAUAUGAAGAAGUUCAGGAAAAUGGCACUUGGAAGCCAAGAAUACGGCAGCAGCGGCCAGUACAGCAAUCCAACGAGCGAAUACGGGUUAAAUCCGUCCGGCUCAAGUAGCGAAGGCCAACAACAAUCGAGAGAGAUGGAGAUGUCGAGGAGGACGAAGGACAGUCGCGGUUUCAGCAGCGAAGGCCAACAACAAUCAUCUGCUUCUGUGUAUAAAUUUUAAACACCACCUAAUUCUUUUUAACAUCAACUGUAUUUUCAGCAAUUUCAAAGAUUGGCCCUCCUUUUUUUUUUCUUUUUUGGAGUUGAUUUCUUACACAAAAGUUGUUUAUUUGUUACUCUGUUUUCAUUUCUUAAUUCUUGAAAUUAUUUUUCAAAAUUGUAUUUA